AUAUAUAUAUAUAUCCUACUAUUUCUCCGUUCCUUCUCUCUGCAAAACCUGACCCGCCUGACUCAUUCGAACCUCUCUCCCGGAGCUCCAUUUCCCGCCCCGCCGCUCCCUCUCUUUUUUUCCUUGCUGAGAAUUUUUAUAGAUAUUUUUUAAAAAAAAUUUUAAAAAUGGUGAAACCUGUGGCAACGGCUCAGCUUCAUCAAGAAGAAGAAGACGAAGAUGAUUACGAAGAUAAAGGGGAAACAGUGAAAGAAGGCAAAGGAAGCGAGCCAAAGGCGAAUACGAAUCGGUCUAAACAUUCUGAGACUGAGCAGCGUAGAAGAAGCAAGAUUAAUGAAAGGUUCCAGACUUUGAGAGAUCUUAUACCUCAAAAUGAUCAAAAAAGAGACAAGGCUUCUUUUCUGUUAGAGGUCAUCGAGUACAUUCAGUUUUUACAGGAAAAGUUGCAAAUGUAUGAGGGAUCUUACCAAGGGUGGAGCCAGGAGCCGACAAAACUGAUUCCAUGGAGAAAUCAUGGGCUUCCAGAAAGUUUUAUUGAUAAUUCUCAAGUUAUGAAGAAUGGAUCUAGUUGUGAGAAUAAUGUCAUCAUUCCAUCAAUACUUGCAAAUACGCAGAACUCAAUUGAAUCUGACCUGGGUAAUGCUGCAGUUUUCAAAGCACUGGAUCAUCCCCCUGGGUCAGCUACUUCUGUGGUUAACAUGCAGACACAACCGAACACUUUUGCUACUCAUGGAAGAGGUAGCAUCCCUACACAAUCUUUCCAUGAGUCUGCUUCUGAUUCUGAGAAUGUGGUGUAUCGACCCCAAUUUCAGUCAUGGCAAAGUAGAGAGUGUCUAACUGAGAGUGCCGUUCCAAACAAUUCAGCAAAUGGACAAGAGGACUUGACCAUCAGAGAUGAUUCAGUAGGCUUGUCAAGUGCCUACUCUCAAGGGAUAUUGAACUCUCUGACUCAAGCACUGCAGUCUUCAGGUGUGGAUAUGUCACAGGCAAGCAUCUCUGUGCAAAUUGAUGUUGGUAAACGAGUAGCUAGUGGAGUGACUUCUAUGGCAUCCAGUUCUAAGGAGAAAGAAAUCCAAUAUAGAAGCAAUCAAAUGAUGGCACAAACUGGAGCUCAUAGCUACACGGAGGAGUCUGAUCAGGCUUAUAAGAGGCGCAGAACAGGAAAAAGCUAGGUUAAUCCUAGUCACUUUCUUUUUCCCCGCUUUUCUUCUUCAUUCAGGUUCCUUUAUGGUCUGAUUGGGGUGCUCAUUUUUGCCAUGCCAUUGGCCACAGAUUAUUAGGUCUUAAAGACCAAAUGUAAAUGUUUGUGCUUCUUGGUUUUGCCAGGUCGCAUCUAUUCUCCUAGGGAGAAAAUUGUUACAUAUUCUUUUAUUUGUACUCGUUUGAGACAGAGGCUUCCAUGCAUAUAUGAGAAGCUGCUUUAUUAUUGCUGCUAUUAUUAUUUAAUCACAGUGUCUUCCGUAUCCCAUGUGAAAGCUUUUGGCAACA